AUGUAUGUAGUGGAGCUGCAAGCAAUAGUGGUAACUGACAAGUAGGAUUGAUGGGAAGAAUCAACGAAGGGAAGGAUGUCGACUACGACCAGGGGGUCUGACGCUGGAUCUUGGCACGGCAGCGGCGACAUAGCAAGCCUCAGGUCCCAGGAAGGAGCGGGAACGGGAUUGGUGCCCAGAGUUAUGGGCAGGAUGCUGUGCGCAACUGAAGACCGCGAGCUCGAUGAUGUUAAUGAAGACGACUUAAUACAUAGAAAAGAUUCGUACCUCCUUUGCUAAAUAACCUCAGUUGAACGGUAGGUAACAUGGUUUCUAAAGGAUAGAGAGCCGAUCAAAUUUCGGAAUGCUAAUAGGUCACACAAGAGAGUUAGGUCCAGUAAGUAUACGUAUCAAAUUAGUUGGUGGAGAGCUUCGAGCUUGUGA